AUGAUUAUUAUUAUAUAUGAACAGAAGCCAAAGAGUAGGUGGAGAAGGCAUGACGAGAAACCAAGAGACCGGGGCCACUGGGCACCGGGAGGAGGAGGUGGAAUGCAGGCGUUUUUCCUUCAUUCCGGUAAUAAAUCAACAGGGACAGGCGUUUUCCUUCCUCAAACUCAGUACAAUAACAAUUUUCACUCAUCCAGACGACCACCUUGCUCUCCGGUUCUACUCCCUUCCCGGGUUGUUCAAGCUCUCAACCUCAAUGUUCACCAAUUAGGCCUCCAAAUCUCUCCUCGCACAGAUACCAAGAAUAAUAAUACGAGUGCAAGAGGUGGAGAGUGGAAUUCAUUCAAUAAUAAAAAUGGUAAGGAUGCAUCACCCAAACGUUGCGUUAGUGGAAAUGAAAAUUCUUCGGCGGCAGACAUACUUCUUCCCGAUGAAUGGACUUACUAA